AUGGCAGCUAUGUCGCCCCAACGCCCACAGGAUAAUCGGCGGGUCCGAUUACUAGAGCUCGCUGCCUCCGUUGGUGUUACAGAACUACCGCCUCUCCCGCCACUCCCUCCGAUUAAAUUACCUAGCCCGAGCCCACAAGACGAUUUGCAAGCAGAAGAGCUUCUCCGACAACGACGAGCAGCUGAGAACCCCGAAAGUUCACAAAGUACGCUAAAACGAGCGUUCUCAUCAACCAAGAAGCCAUGGGAAGCCAAGGAAAUCUUCGACGUCCUCGACAACCAUGUCGCCUCGGGGGGUUCGCCUGCUGUCGCAAACACGCUCAUCAAAAAACUGCUCGAACUUGGGGGAAAUCCGAACAUCAAAGCUCCCAAAGUCAGCAGAUCAGGUUCCCUUCUCUCCAGAAGAAAGAGCUUGGAGACUUUGGAACGCAGUCAGAUAUUGCAGAGGGCAAUCCAGAACCGUCAACUGGAUAUGAUUGCCAUCCUGGCCCAUUACGCGGACGAUCUUACCCUCGGCACAGCAUUGCCCGACGCAAUACGCUCCAAAGAUCUUAGAAUACUUGGUUUACUUUUACAACGCGGCGCAAACUCUGCUCAGUCACAGAAUGCCCAGAUUGAAUUUCGCCAACUGUGUAUCGCUGGCGGUUAUCCGGACCUUGUUGGUCUGAUUCUCCAGUCUUCGGGCGGGUUUUCGUCGCAAUGGCUCUCCCUAUGUCUCAUAGACGCCGCCCGAAAGGGAUGUUUGCAGACAGUCUGGAGACUGAGCAGGUCAAUCGCGGAUGCCGACUUCGACACAGCCACGGCUCUCAGGACAGCGAUAGCACAGAGCAGAGUUGAUAUUGCACUGGCCAUCUUGACUGGAAUACAGCCACCUACACCUGGAGGGGCGGGUCUGAUGGAGAGCUUCAAACAGCUUCUCGACCAGUCCAUUGGUCCCAAUGAGAAGCUGUUCUUCACAGAAGCGCUCAUUUGCGCCGGUGCCCCUGGCGAUAUGGUAGCCGUCGCCUUGCAACAAGCGUGCGAAGCCGAGAAUAUCGACAUGGUUCAUCUUUUGGUCGAAAAUGGAGCUUCGGUCGAGUACCAGGAUGCCAAGGUACUAUGUGAUACCAUUGCAAAGGAAACUGCAAUCUUCUUCAGCUACUGCUAA